AUGGCACCUUUGAAGUCUCCAGGUCCCGAUGGUUUUGGAGCCUGUUUCUACCAAAACCAUUGGGGAAUAAUUGGAGAUGAUGUGUGUGCAGUAGUGCUAGACCACCUAAAUGGUAACACUCCUUUCCAACCAAUAAACUUCACCUAUAUUGCUCUAAUCCCAAAGAAGAAGGACCCCAAAGUAGUUACUGAGUUCAGGUCCAUUAGUCUAUGCAACAUAUUCUAUAAAAUUGUUUCCAAAGUGCUUGUUAACAGGUUCAAAGGAGUAUUGUCAGAAAUCAUUUCAGGUAAUCAAAGUGCCUUCAUACCUGGAAGAAUUAUUACUGACAAUAUCAUGCUGGCUUAUGAGGUCUUGCAUACCAUGAAGGUGGGGAAGAAGGGAAAGAAAGGGAAUAUGGCCAUUAAGCUUGAUAUGUCAAAAGCUUAUGAUAGAAUUGAGUGGCCUUUUGUGAAAGCAGUUAUGAAGAAGCUUGGUUUUUGCCUUGAAUGGACAGAACUAGUUAUAAGGUGCAUCACUUCAGUAUCUUACUCUGUGCUAGUCAAUGGAAAGCCAGGAGCAAAAAUCCUUCAUUCGAGGGAUUUGAGACAAGGAGAUCCCCUCUCCCCUUACCUUUUCAUAAUGUGUGUUGAGGGACUAAGCUCUCUGCUUAAUCACUCAGAUUCGAUUAGGAUCACUAAAGGGGUCACGGUUGUGAGAGGAGGGCUGAGAGUAAAUCAUCUGCUCUUUGUAGAUGAUUGCAUCUUAUUUGGGAGAGCUUCUGUAGAGGAAUGGAGGAGUUUACAAUAUUUGUUGCUAAGGAACACCUCUAUCACUGAAGCAAGCUUGGGGAAUGCCCCAUCUCUGAUAUGGAGGAGUGUUUGGUGCUCUUUGGGGCUGUUGAAUGAGGGGCUAAGACGGAAAGUUGGGAAUGGAGCAGAAAUCAGCAUUUGGGGACAAAAAUGGUUGCAAAUCCCCUCAACCUUUUGUGUUCAAUCUCCCAUCUCGAGACUAGAUGCAGAUGCAAGAGUUAUAAAACUGAUUGAUGAUGAUUCAAAGGAAUGGAAUGAAGGAUUGAUCAGGUCAGUUUUCAUCAAAGAAGAAGCUGAGCACAUAUGCAAUAUUCCUACUAGCUCAAGGGGUGUGGAGGACAAAUUGUUAUGGGGUCCCUCAAGAGAAGAGGUCUAUUUAGUUAAAAGUGCCUAUUUUUUGGAAGAAAACAUAAAGAAGGCAGUAAUGGGAGAGUCUUCAAGGGAAUCAGAGUUAGACAGUAGGUGGAAGACCAUAUGGGACAUGAAAGUCCCUGGCAAGGUGGAGAUUUUUAUGUGGAAGGCAGGGAAUAAUCUCCUUGCUACCAGAGGUAACCUCUUUUCUAAAAAAGUUAUUGAUAAUCCUUUAUGCCCCAUCUGUUUAAGAGGUGAUGAGACUAUGAUGCAUGUGCUCUGGCACUGUCCUGCUACUAGGGAUGUGUGGGCUGAGUCUCUUAGAGCAAGUCAAAAGUGGUGUGUUAAUGAAGCUGGCCUGCUUAAGCUUUGGGAGGAUCUGUCAGGGAAGCUUGAUAAGAAUGAAUUAGAGGAAGUGGCAUUCAUCAUGAGGGGUGUGUGGAUGAGAAUGAACAAAUUUAUUUUUGAAAAUGAAUUUUCCAUUUUAAGUAGUGUAAUAAGAACUACCAAAGAAUUGUUGGAAGAUUUCCAUUCAGUAGAGGAGGGGACAGAUGUUACAGGUAUGCCUAACAAUCAAACCUCAACUGUAGUUCCCAAGUAUUGGUUACCUCCAGGAGAAAACAACUUUAAAGCUAAUUAG